AUGGAGGAAUUAAAGCAGUUGGCAGAGAAGGAGAAACGCGCUGCCCUUAGACUCCAAGAGGAGAGUCUGCAGGCCAGUUUUCGAGAGGCCCUGCGAGCAAGGGACAGGCUGGAGGCUGAAAUGAGGCAGGAGCUCCAGGUCCAGGCCGAAGGGGAGGCCUGCAGGAAGCUGCAAGAACAGCAGCACAAAGAAACAGAGGAGACCAGAGAGAAAAUAAUACACACUGUACGAGAAGAGACACAGGAGUGUGUGAGGAGGUGUGUGCAGGAUGCUGAGAGAAGUAUUCGUGAGGAGUGUGACAUGAAGGCAGAAAGAGAGAAACGGGCUCUACAGGACAGACAUGAAGAGGAGAUAUACGAGUUACAAAACAGGUAAAAAUACCCAUGAAACACCCCUCCUGCUCACCCCAGCUUCCUGUUGUGAUGCAUCUCAGCUAUUCUCUUUCUCCUUCCCACCUUUUGUAAAUUUCAUUAGUUUCUAUCUUUGUAUAUGUAUGCUUUCUCCCUUUUCUUCAAUAAUCCUAAAAUAUAUAGAUUUUGUUGUCUUCACCAACA